CAAUCAAAUCAUUCAAAUGUCAAUAACCGCUGUGCCUGCUACGAAUGCUACGAUCUGUGAUUAUAACCUUACUCUAAACUUUAAAACCAUUUAUUUAUAAACUGUACUCGUGUAUCUGCUGAAAUAUAAAAAUACAGACCAAUAUGGCUGAUAUUGUGGAUACUGAGGAAGUUGACAGAGACACUGUAGAACCUGAUGUGUUAGAACAACAGUUCCAAAAGAAAUACAAAUUACUCACAGAAACAACUGUAUCACUUAAGAGAUCUUAUAUUAAUAAAUUACAUGCAACCAAAUCGUUGAAAAUAGCAGUAAGUUUAUCAGACAACAGCAUAGAGGUAUACCAGCUAGACAGCACGUCUCUGAGCAAGGUGUGUCGCCUGAGCGGCCACGAGAAGGCGCUGACGGAGGUGGUGUGCGACCCCAACGAGGACCACCUCGUGUACUCGGCCGGGCAGGACGGGCUCGUCAAACUGUGGGACACGCGGACCAGCGGCACCUGUGUGCAGGAGUAUAAGGAUAAGGACGAAGAGCUAAUCAAGCCUUUUGAGUGUAUGGACAUCUCUUGCAAUGGGAGAGUGCUGUGUGCCGGUAGUCAGCUGGUGGAGGACGAUGCUUACUUGGUGUUCUGGGACAACCGGCAGCCCAACCCACUGGGUGGCUACUGGAACUCACACACUGAUGACAUCACACAGGUGAAAUUCCACAAAACAAAGACAGAGAUACUAGCAACAGGCUCACUGGAUGGCCUUCUGAAUGUGUUCAACGUGAUGGAGCUGAGUGAAGAUGAUGCUCUCAUGUACUCCCUGAACAUAGAGAACUCUGUGGAGAAGUUAAGCUGGCUGGACGAGAAGCAGGUGGCGUGCAUUACACAGUCCAAUGACCUGCAGCUGUGGGAUACCAGCACUGGAGACAUGCUUACGAGUUUCACCAGAGAUAAACUUUCUAGAAGUAUAAGGAGAAGUAAAGCUGACGACUGUUACUUGGUGGACACAUACACGUCGAUAGACGACACGCCGGUGGUUCUGGCUGGCUCCUAUGAAGGUGAUGGGCACGUGCUGCGCUCGGUGACGGUGGCGGACAAGCGGCUGCAGCCGAGCUCCAACUUCGCGGAGAACAAGCAGACCGUCCGCUGCUGCUGGUACGAUGCACAACGCGACGUGCUGGUGUCGGGCGGCGAGGCGGGCGCGGUGGUCGUGUGGCGCGGCGCGGGCGCGGGCGGGGGCGAGGCGGCGGGCGCGGGGGGCGGGCGCCUCGCGCAGCAGCACCGCCUGCACGCGCACCGGCACAAGCCCUACUGAUCUCUGCUGCUACUAUGCAUUAACUAGCUUUGUAAGUACGAUGCCACUCACUUCAUGUUCCUGCUCUAUCAGUACCUACACACUGCCGGCAGCCCCGGCCGACUGCUUUUCUUCGCGCCUUUUCCAACCGACUACCAAAAAAGGUCAACUGUUGGUAAUGUUAUGUUUUGACUUAUUAGUUCAUUCGUUUUGAUGAGAUACGCUAACUUUUUUGGUAGGUAGGUAACACUGAAAAAACUCAUGAAGAUUGUAAAAGUUGCCAAUCACCGAAAAAAAUUGUUCAAAAUGACGAAGAACGAAUGAAGGCAAAUUGUUUUAGCUAUUGUGGGGAUUGAAAUGUACGAGCCGACUGACAGCGCGGGCAGCACGGACUGGCCCCGAGCUGUCACAACCGGCGCCCGCCCUCCCCCCGCCGGCACUGCUUCCACAAUGCUGACAGCAUAUAUAUAGCGAUCUGAAUUUGAUGUUGCGUACAACACAAAUAGGUUUUAUUGGCAUCCCUUAAUCAAUAUGCAGUGUUAGAACUCGAACGACAAGGUGUGUCGUAUAUUGUGACUUAGAUAACAGCAAACGUUACUAAUGUAUUAAAAGCUGGGAUUAUGGGUUAUAUAAAACAACACACUUCAAUAACUUAGCACUUUAAUCAAAACCCAAAGUUAUAUCUAAAGUAAUUCACUAUAAAAUAAUGAUUGUAACACGGCUCCAGGUGUUACUUUAAAAUAUAAUAAUUAAUUUGAUUACUCAAUACAUAAAGUUAGCGGUCGGAGCCGUUCAGUAAAACACAUGCAUGCAAAAUACAUAAGAUUUAUAUAAACACAACUCUUCAAAAUAUUUUUUUAAAUACGUAUACAAAUUUUAUGGCCAUUAUUGUUACCAAAUAAAUGAAUACCAAGUUAAAA